UACAAGUUUCAUGGUAUCAAUAGAUCUCUCAGAAGAAAUGCGAAACGUUCAGCUGGCAAAUCGGCUUAGUAUUCAGCGCUGAGCGCUAAGCACUCCACUUGCUUUCGACCACCAUGUCAGCCGAUACACAAACAUUGAAGCCCGUCGACCUGCGCUCUAUCUUGACUUUCACCGUCAAGCUCGCCCGCACUGCUGGUACAUUGAUUCUUGAAGGCUCACAGGCCAUUCAGUCAACUUCGGACGUCAAUACAAAGAAGAAUUCUGUCGACUUGGUUACUGAAUACGAUGUUGCUGUGGAGGAGCUCGUGAAUAGCGAAAUCGCCAAGGCUUACCCCAGCUUCAAGUUCAUCGGAGAGGAAUCAUACUCCUCUGGAACACGCAAUGAGCUCACGGAUGAGCCGACAUUCUGUGUUGAUCCGAUCGACGGCACAACGAACUUUGUCCACGGCUUCCCAUUCGCAUGUAUUUCUCUUGGGCUGAUCUACCAAAAGCGGCCCGUUUUAGGUGUUAUAUACAACCCCUUCCUAGACCACCUCUACACCGGGAUUGAAGGCCAAGGAUCAUUCCUCACCCGUGGAAAUAGCCAGCCUCUAAAAUUACCCCUCACCAACCCCAAGCCCCUCCCCUCCUUGCAGAAGGCUCUUAUAGCCAUCGAAUGGGGCUCCGACCGUAGCAAAAAUUUCCUGGUACCAAAAUCAGACUCAUUCUUGCGUCUUGCGGGCGAUCCUGCAGAUGGCAUCGCAGGAGGACGGAUGGCUCAUUCUAUACGGUCCCUGGGCAGUGCAGCGCUUAAUAUCUCGAUGGUCGCUCAAGGUGGCCUAGACUUAUACUGGGAAAUCGGUUGCUGGCCAUGGGAUGUUUGCGUAAGUAACUGUUUGUAUAUGCUGAUAUAUCCAUCUCACCUGUUCUAUAAGGCCGGUAUCGUCAUUGUCCAGGAAGCUGGUGGUGUAGUGGUUGGAUCCCAUGCAGCUCUGGCCGCCGCAACAUCUGCUGGCUCUAGCAUUGAUCCUUUCAAGGUCACGCUAGAUGUCUUGACAGGCCGCAAAUAUUUGGUCAUUCGUGCUAUCCCGGACACCCAAAAUGAAACGGGUAGAGAGGCACAGUUGCGGAUCGCUAGGGAUUUCUACCAAACUGUGGAAGAUGGUGAACCGAAGUAGAAUUUUCCUCACAGAAUCAAGUGUAUAUAUUAGG